AUGCACCACGGCCACUCCCCCACCCAGGCCACCCCCAAGCCCCAUCCCUCCGUCCUCAGGUACGCCGCACCCCCGCAGAUCCCGCUCACCCCCACCAGGCGCAUCGACCCCGCCCCCGCCCCCGACUCUGCAGACCCCCAAUCCCACUCUCUAUCCCCAGACCCCCCCUCCCCGAAUCCCACCACCAUAUCCCUCACCUCUACCACCGCUUCCUCCUCCCAGCCCGUUCCCCCAUCCUUCGCCGCCAGCGUCACUCACCCGGCCGAGAUAGGCUUAGGCCUCCUCCAUGGCGAGGAGCAACUCAAAAACGCGCUUCAGUCCAAGGAUAGGAUGUUUGUCCUUGUGCUCGCAAAAGAGCUCGAGGCAUUCAUCGCGCGAGUAGCGAACGGGGCGCUUACAGCAUCAUCGGCAUCCGGAGGGUUGGCAGCGACGACCAGCACCUUGGCCGCACUGGGUCUUUCGGCGCCCUUGACCGUCACCCCUAGCAGCAAGUUCCAACGGAUGCUCGUGUACAAGUCGGCAGAGUGGUACGGGAUCAAGGCAGUACCGGGGCCAGAUGGUUCCAUGAUCAUAGGCGUUCUGGGCACUUUCAAUGACAAGAGCACAUCACUGAGACUAUCAGAUCUUGUCCCAGCAGCUCCCUCCCCAGCCCAAAAGUUCCGCAUCAUGCAGCGCACACCCGCUUCCACCCAGAACGCCUCUGCUGAGGGCUCAUCCUCCUCGUCCCUAUCCGACACGGCGGCGUCAAACAAGCUCAAGACAUUGGAGGAACGCGAGGCCGCCUAUGCGGUUGCGAGAGAGAAGAUAUAUGGCAAAGCUGGUGAGACAGAGGAAUCAUCUGCACCCCAAGCCGACGAGCCAGAGGUCUCAGCCAAUCGAGCUGCGGCCGCCUUGGAGGAUGAUAUCGAUCCUGUCCCUAGACGCCGAUAUGGCCCUUCCAGUGCGCCUUACGAGGUAAUCUACGCAUCUCUCUACCACCCCUCUUCCGGCAAUCAUACUCCCUCGCCUGCACCAAAUAUGUUGGACCAGUAUGGCCAGCAGCAGCCAAGGGUGGACCCAAUGUACGGUUAUCAACCAGCGAACAUGGACUACGCUCAAUUUUCGCAAAUGGAUACAAACGGGCACUCGGCUGGGGCAGGCUACCAUCAGGGUACACAGACGGCUUAUGGGUAUGGCGGAUACUCGGAUGGCCAGUACCCAGCGCCACAGCAACCUUAUAUGGUGCCCGGAUGGCAACCAUCUGCAGGGUAUCCUCAGACUGUGAAUGAUCAGCAGCAGCAGCAGCAGCAAUAUGGGAUGGUACAGAGUCAAGGUGGUCAGUGGUAUCAGCCUACAGUCAACCAACCCAUGCCGGCCAUACAGCAAGGUAUACCGUAUGCUGGUCCUACCUAUGGCUACAGUCAGCCGCCUCAACAACCUUCACAGACCUAUUCAAAUCAGCAGCAAAGGCCAGCAGCCAUGCCGCCACAAGGUCAGAGUCCUUAUUCGCACCUAGUGCAACCUACCCCACAGCGUCCGCAUCCGCAUCCCCACAGUAGCGCUUCGUCGUCCAUCUCGUCUCGGUCUUACCAAUCACAGUCAUAUCCCGAAAGCUCACGGCCCCAUUCGAGGGGGUCAAAUACGAGUAAUCGGAGUGCGGCGAGUAGUGUGAGACUGGGAGCAAUGUAUCCUGCCGGACAAGCACCUGGAGGAGGUAUGGGAGGUGGAUACAGGCAGAAAGGGAUGAAGCAGCAGGGAGGAUUGAACGGAAUGACCAGUCUCGGACUGAACGAAGGAAAGAGGGGAAGAGGGCACAGUCCUGUAAGUCUAUCUUCCACAACGACGGCUUCCUCUUCGCAUUCCUCUCGUCGAACAUCGUCGAUCAAUGUCCCACCUCCUAGUCAACACCAGCUCCCACAGCGACCCGACUGGGCGGCCAACAACGUGCCAUAUCACCCAUCGCCCAUGGUAACGCCUCCCAACUUGGGUGUGUCAGUGGCUGCUCCAGGGAUGCACGGUGGCAUGGGAUUGGUGUCCGGGCAAGGACCCAGCGCCGCAGAGUUUCCUCCCUUGCUAAGGAGCGGUACUGCCGCUGAACCCAUGCAGGUGGAGAGAGCUAAAAUGAGGCCUAUGACUACGCCAACAGUCUGGGGAGCGGGGGCGACUGCUGGUGGAAUAGGAAGCCCUCAAAUGGCUCCCCAUGUGCCCAGUCAUGUCGCCAUCCUCUCUGCCCCCCGGGCACAAUCUCAACCCCCUCUCCAUCAUCACGCUCCCCCAGCGGCAAAGGAAGAAGACCCCGAUUUCCCUCGGCGGGUACCUGCCAAAGCUGCACCGACGCUGUAUGACCCUUCGGCGCCUUCGGGCUCCCUCAUUUCCGGUGGAUCUCGUCCACCGUCGGUGAAUGCGAACCCUAGAACGCCCACAUCAUCUAGGUCAAUGGCAAGUGGUGGAGGACUGUCGCCGGAGGAAGUUAUAGAAGCCAAGCUGGCGGCGGUGUCGAUCAGCGCAGGGGUCAGUAUUGGCCCGCCGCCCAGCAGGCAGAAUCAGGCGGCGAGUUAUGCCAAGAUUGCCCGGCGGGAAUAG